UCACCGCUUUCAGCUUGGGGAGGAGAUAAAAACACUGUAGCCAUCGCUGCUGCUCUGCAGUACAACGCAACGCCACCGCGGCAGGAGAAGAAAGAGGCGACGCGGCGACGAUGCUUCAGCUCCACAUGCUCGCGUCCUCGCCGGCGAGCUCCCCGAGCCCUAGACUCUCCCUCCUUCGCGAUUCCUUCUCCUCGCCGCCGCAGCAAUCGCUCCGCGGCCGCAGCACCUUAAACCCUCGCAAAACCUCGCGCGUCUCGCUGCCCCGCGCCCCCCAUUGCCUACGCUCGCUGAAGUGCCGUCAGUCCGAGUACUUCGACCAGCAGCAGAGGUUCGCCUCCUCGACGGCGCCGGCGGCGGAUGGCUCCUCCUCCCCCUCCUUCUCCCCUUCCGGUGGAGGAACAGCGUCUCCAAAGGUUUUCGUUGGCCAUUCCAUAUACAAAGGAAAGGCAGCACUGACAGUGGAGCCCAGAGCUCCAGAAUUCACUUCUUUAGAUUCAGGGGCGUAUAAACUGUCUAGGGAAGGAUUUGUGCUGCUUCAAUUUGCCCCUGCGGCAGGCACACGAGUAUAUGAUUGGAGCAGAAAGCAGGUGUUCUCAUUAUCCGUGACAGAAAUUGGAAAUCUCAUUGCUCUAGGUCCAAGAGACUCCUGCGAAUUUUUUCAUGACCCUUUUAAAGGAAAGAGUGAUGAAGGUAAAAUAAGGAAGGUUUUGAAGGUGGAGCCCCUACCAGAUGGCUCUGGACACUUCUUCAAUCUUAGUGUUCAGAAUAAGCUUGUGAAUUUGGAUGAGAGCAUUUAUAUUCCUGUCACCAAGGCGGAAUACACUGUCCUUAACUCGGCUUUCAAUUUCAUACUGCCUUACCUAUUAGGUUGGCACACCUAUGCAAACUCAAUAAAGCCAAAUGAUCGAAACCGAGGUAACAAUGCCAAUUCUCGAUAUGGAGGAGACUUUGAGUGGAGUAGAUGAUAGACUGCUGGUUUUUUCUACUUGUGAUGGAGAGUUCCCUUCCCUGAGCUUAUGUUGUAGAGUUGAAAUUCUGCGUUAGAGGAAAUUUUGUUGUAUUGGAAAAUGCCUCCCAUCUUCAGCAUCCUUUUUGUUUCAAACAGGGUAGUCAGGAAAUGCUGGGUUUAAGAAUGUAGGGGUUUCAUGCUAAAUCAUCUUUAGUUACUUUCAAUGCCUUUUCAUUAUGCUGUCCAACUGCUAAUUUGAUUGUAUUGCGUCAAUAUAUUGGCAUGUUUUAGAUUGUCAUGAUCACAUGUAAAUACUAGCAAAUGUGGGAGGUUGUAGAUUGUA